GCGACUCGUGGCCUAGCGUUUCAUUUUGCCCUUCCCACUUUCAAAUUGGAAAUAGAAGAGUAUUUAUAGUUCAGUCUUGGCGCUCAAAACUCAUACGCAGAGCCUACACUACAGUUCUUGGUUGUUAGAGAGAGAGAGAGAAAGAGAGAGAGAAUGGAUCCAAAUGUAGGAGUCGCUGAAACUGAAGCUCAAGAAUCACCGGUCUACAUGGCAUGCAUCAUGCAAUCUCACAGCAUUGGAGUUGCUUACUAUGAUACCAGUGAUUGUCAACUUCAUGUCUUGGAGACUUGGGAGGAUGGAAGUGGGGAUUUUCCCAUGAUUGAUCUUGUUAAGUAUCAAGCCAAGCCCUCUGUCAUUUACACCAGCACCAAAACUGAAGAAUCAUUCUUAUCUGCUUUACAAAAGAGAGAUGAAACUGUGGCACAUGAGGUGAAGCUUGUGAAGAGCUCAAUUUUCAGUUAUGAACAAGCAUGGCACAGGUUGAUACAACUUCGAGUUUCUGGAAUGGAUGAAGGACUAAGCAUUAAAGAGAGGGUCUUCUUUCUGAACUCAAUGAUGAAUACUGGAAAUGAAAUGUUAGUUCGCACAACUGGCGGGCUUCUUGCUAUUCUAGAGAAUGAGAUGCUUGUUGAUACCGUUGGGCAGGUGGAAUCUGGAAAUGCGCUGAUAACCAUAGAUUGUGUGACAGAGAUCUCACUACGGAAUUUUCUCAAGGUUGAUGCCACUGCUCAUGAGGCACUGCAGAUUUUCCAAGUAGACAAGCAUCCAAGCUAUAUGGGCAUAGGGAGAGCAAAGGAGGGGUUCUCGGUUUUUGGGAUGUUGAACAAGUGUGUUACAGCCAUGGGCAGGCGUCUCAUGAGAACUUGGUUUUUGAGGCCGAUAUUAGACCUUGAUUUAUUGAACGAUCGACUCAAUACUAUAUCUUUCUUUCACUAUUGUGAGGAAUUGAUGGUUGCUUUUCGAGAAACUUUGAAGUCUGUGAGAGAUAUUCCCCACAUACUGAAGAAAUUCAACUCUCCUAGUUCGAUUUCUACAAUCGAUGAAUGGUCAACCAUAUUAAAGAGCAUUGCCUCUCUUUUGCACAUUGGGAGACUUUUUGAAGUUGAAGUUCCUGGAAGGUUGCAACAGCAAUUGGAAGGUUUGACGUUGCACAUUUUUGAGAAGGCUUGUACGUCGAUUACGACAGAGUUGGUCUUUGUCUACGAAUUGGUUAGUGGAGUAAUUGAUGUCAGUAGAAGCAAGAAAGAGUGUGGGACUUUCAUCAAACAAGGAUUUUGUGACGAGUUGGAUGAGUUGCAAACCAUAUAUGAGGAAUUGCCACAGUUCUUGGAGCAGGUCUCGUCCCUUGAGCUCACACGGCUUCCUAUGAAUGAUAGGAAACCUAGUGGUUGUAUUGUUUAUGUGCAACAAAUUGGGUAUUUGAUGUGCAUUUAUGAAGAAAAACUUGAUGAGACGAUCAUUGAGAGUCUUCCAGACAUUGAAUUUGCUUUUGCAGAUGGGGAUGAUGUUGAAAGAAGAUUUUUUUACCGUACAUCAAAGACAAGAGAGUUGGACCUUCUUCUUGGAGAUCUUUACCAUAAAAUAUUGGACAUGGAAAGAGCGAUUACAAGAGACUUGGUUUCUCAAAUCCACCAUUAUGCGGGUCAUCUACAGAGGGCUGUGAAUUUUACGGCAGAGCUUGACUGCAUUCUCUCUUUGGCAUUGGCUGCAAAACAAUACAACUACGUCAGACCACUUCUAACGGAAGAGUCUAUCAUUAAUAUACGCAAUGGCAGGCAUGUGUUACAGGAGAUGACGGUUGACACUUUUGUCCCAAAUGAUACACAGAUCAUAUCUGACGGAUGGAUCAACAUCAUUACUGGUCCUAAUUACUCUGGCAAAAGCAUUUACAUCAAACAAGUAGCUCUGAUUGUUUUCCUUUCUCAUAUUGGAAGCUUUGUGCCAGCAGAUGCUGCUACUGUAGGCUUGACUGAUAGAAUAUUUUGUGCAAUGGGAAGCAAGCCUUUGGCAAGUGAAAGGUCAACAUUUAUGAUUGAUCUGCAUCAAGUUGGAAUGAUGCUUAGGCAUUCAAGUUCACGAUCCUUGUGCCUGUUGGAUGAAUUUGGAAAAGGAACACUAACUGAAGAUGGUAUUGGCCUCCUUGCUGGAACUGUUGAACAUUUUGCUCAGUUUGAACAUCCACCUAAGGUUUUCAUUUGCACACAUUUAACUGAGCUAUUAAGUGAGAAAUGCUUGCCGAAGUCGGAGAAUAUCAAGUUUUACACCAUGAAUGUAUUGAGACCUGACAAGUAUUGCAUAAAUGAAGCAGAAGACAUUAUUUUCCUUUAUCGGCUAGUCCCAGGGCAUGCAUUUCUGAGCUAUGGAUUACAUUGUGCACAACUUGCUGGCGUGCCUGAGGAGGUUCUGGAAAGAGCCAACCUAAUAUUAAAUGCAACUGGGAGUGGUAAGCGCUUGGGACGCUUGUACAAUGAGAAAUUAUCUAUUAAAGAUCAGCAAUAUAAGGAUAUGGCGGAUAGAUUGUUGGAUUUUGAUAUCAACAUGGGUGAUACAGACCACUUCCUAUGUGAUGUAUUCUCCUCAACAACAUAGAGCACAUUCUGAAGUAAAGGAAAUCCUCUGUUUCUUUCAAUAGACAUCUCGGCAAAGGCAACACGGAUUCAUGGAUGCUCAAUCUGUGUUCAAUCUAUGUGAUGGGUCAGGCACACCCUAGAGAGACGUGCGAUAAAAUUUCUCACUCCAUGAAGAUGAAAUAGUAAAAAUGAAAAUUUGUCCACUGACUUCUGCAAAUUAUGCUGAAUCAUAUAAUCCGAAGAAAGAGCUACCAGAAUAUUGGUUCUCUGGGUACAUGUGCUCUGUUGUAUGUUGUCGUAACACCUGAAAAUUUUGAGUUCACAUAUUUUCUGUGAGAAUCAAUGACGGAAUGCCUGAGCUUCUGAAAUAUUUAAAAAUUUCCUUCUACUAUGGUUCUUGUGGAAAUGUCAAUUUUGAUCCUACUUUUUAGAAAAAAUA